AUGGGCGACACGACGAGAGCGCUGCUGCUGCUGCUGUUGCUUAUGUCAACAGUUCUCACCCAAGAUUUUAAAGUUGGUGUGGUGGACGAGUGGCCGGCGACGGCGCGUGCCCUGGAGCACGCGGCGAAAGCGGCGUUGGCUGCGCUCAACUUGACCGGCAUCGGUGAGGUGGAGCCCGCCGCCGUCGAGCCCGGCGAACCGCUUGCGCUACCGGCGCGCAUUUGCCAGCAGGCCAAGGCGGGCGUGACAGUGGUGGUGGGCGGUGCACCGGCGGGCGACAACGCGGAGACGGCCCGCGCGGCGCGACUAGCGGCGGAAGCGGCGGCACGCGCCGGCGUGCCGCUGCUGCUGCUGCAGCCCGCGCCGCUCGCCGCCAGCUGGGAGGUGCUCGCGCUGUACCCGCACGAGGAUGUAGUCGCUCAGGCGGGUGCGGACCUGUGCCAAGCCAAGGGCUGGCGACGCGCCGUGCUGCUGCACGAGGGCAGCGCCCGCAGCGCUGCGCUCAUAGCUCCCGACGAAGAGCAGCUGGAGCUGCAGGCGCGCCGGCUGCCGCCGAAGCACGACGACGCAUUGCUCAGGAACACCCUGCUGGUCCUGAAGAAAGCAGGCGCGACCAACUUUAUCGUGUGGUGCGGGGCCGAGUGCGCGGUGCGCGUGCUGGACGCGGCGCAGCGCGUGGGACUGCUGGGCGCGCGACAAUCUUUCGUGGUACUUUCGCUGGAACUGCACACGCAACCGUUGCACACCUUCAGCCACGGCGGCGCCAACAUCACCGGGCUGAUGUUGUUCGAUCCGGAAGCAGACAGCGUGCGCGACUUGACAUCGGCGUGGCGCGAAGCAGAGGGAGGCGUCCUCUCGGAGGACGCGCUGCCACCGACCGCCGUCCUGCUCGCAUACGACGCCGUCAAGAUCGCAGCGCGCGCGCAUCUCGACCUGCGCUUGGCGCGCAACGAGACGCGCGCCGCGCCCGGCGACUGCGACUCCGGCCGCGGCGCCUUCCACGCGGACUCGCUGCUUAACUACCUUCGCGCGCAGGAGGAGUGGAACGGCAUAUCCGGCGCAUUGUCGUGGGAGGCGGACGGGCAGCGCCGCGUGGACCGGCUGCAGGUGGUGGAGCUACAGCGCGGCGGGCUGCUCGCGCACGCCGGCGUGUGGACGGCGGUAGACGGCGUCGCCUGGGAGCGCCCAGCUCCUGCCGACGGGCCUUCGCCUUCUCCUGGCCUGAUGGUCAAUCGCACCUUCACCGUACUCAUCGCCAUGAAUGACCCAUAUGUGAUGCGACGAGACUCUACAGAUCGGCUCUCAGGCAAUGACAGGUACGAAGAAUGUUUGCUACGUGAAGAGGAUUUGACAUUAAAAAAGGCAAUAGAAAUAUGUCGAGCUGCGGUUGUAUCCAGGAUUUAUUCUGAAAACGUUAAAAAUGAAAUGGAACCAGUAUUUCAGGACAAACAUUUCGCCAUAACAGACCUGACGAUAACAGCGGAACGCGAAAGCGCGGUGGAUUUCACGACGCCGUUCAUGAACCUCGGCAUCGGGAUCCUGUUUCGCAAGCCAAAGCCGCCCGAGCCGAAGGUGUUCGCCUUCAUGUUGCCCUUCUCCACUGGGGUGUGGCUGUUAUUGGGCGUGGCGUAUCUAGGCACAUCCCUCCUACUGUACGCGGUUGGCCGACUGUGCCCCGAGGAAUGGCAGAACCCGUACCCUUGCAUUGAAGAGCCGGUCGCGCUUGAGAACCAAUUCACACUCGCCAAUGCACUGUGGUUCAACCUUGGUGCUGUGCUGCUGCAGGGUUCCGAGAUUGCGCCUGUAGCGUACGGCACGCGCGCGGUAGCGAGUGUGUGGUGGCUGUUCGCGUUAGUCAUCACUAGCUCGUACACAGCGAACCUCGCGACGUUACUAGCGCAAAAGACGCCGGUAUACAUUAUCUCCAACGUUUACGAUCUAGCCAACAACGACAAGGGCAUCUUGUACGGAGCCAAAGCAGGAGGUUCAACAUUCACGUUUUUUGAGUAUUCGAAAGAGCAGAGUGAACUGUACCGGAAAAUGUACGAGGAAAUGAGCAAGCAGAAGAUGCCCGAAUCCAACGAGGAAGGAAUUAAGAGAGUGGUGGAGGAUGACGAGAAGUACGCCUUCCUGAUGGAGUCAACCACCAUCGAGUACACCACUGAGCGCAACUGCCUCGUCACUAAGGUACUGUCUCAGCGAUGA